CUUCCGUUACAUGUGCAUGGGGGGCAAAUGAGUGUUUUGUAACUUUGACAUUGGCUCCCCAUUCCCUAAGAUGCGUUUGCUUAAAUUAAGCUCCGUCCUGCGACAAGGAUGUGUAAAGCAGCUGAAACAGUUCCAAGCAGUUGCGUAUUCCACCAGAAAACUGGGAGAAGUGCAAGAAGAUGUGAGGAUGAUCAGAAACAUUGGAAUCUCGGCUCACAUCGACUCCGGGAAGACAACUCUCACGGAACGCCUUCUGUUUUACACAGGCAGACUAGCUGAAAUGCACGAGGUGAAGGGGAAGGAUGAAGUGGGUGCCAAGAUGGACUUCAUGGAGCUGGAGCGUCAGAGAGGCAUCACAAUCCAGUCGUCGGCCACCUACAUCAUGUGGAGGGACCACAACGUCAACAUCAUCGACACUCCAGGUCACGUGGACUUUACCGUGGAGGUGGAGCGAGCGCUGCGUGUCCUAGAUGGCGCUGUGCUGGUGUUGUGUGGUGUUGGUGGUGUCCAGAGUCAGACAUUCACCGUCAACAGACAAAUGAAGCGCUACAAUGUUCCCUGUCUGGCAUUUAUCAACAAACUAGACAGAACAGGGGCAAACCCAAACCGUGUCCUCUCUCAGUUGAGGUCUAAGCUGAACCACAAUGCAGCGUUCCUCCAACUGCCUAUAGGACUGGAGGCCAACCAGAAAGGAGUGGUUGAUCUCAUACACCAGAAAGCUAUAUAUUUUGGGGACCCUCAGGGAAUAAAUGUCUACGAGGAUGAGAUUCCAGCCGAGAUGAGGGCGGAAGCAACAGACCGCAGACAGGAGAUGAUUGAACACAUCGCUAACGUGGACGAGAAUCUGGGUGAGAUGUUUCUGCAGGAGAAGACACCGACAGAAAUUGAGAUACAGGCAGCCAUCAGGCGGACCUGCAUCGCACGGACAUUCACGCCAGUGCUGCUGGGCACGGCCUUGAAGAACAAGGGUGUGCAGCCUCUGUUGGAUGCGGUCAUACAGUAUCUCCCCAAUCCCUCCCAGGUUGACAACUACUGCCUCGACAACUCCAAGGGGAUAGAGAAAGCCGAUAAGCUGCUGAUGGACUCAUCCAGAACAUACAACAAUCCCUUCAUUGGACUCGCGUUUAAGCUUGAGGCUGGCCGAUUUGGUCAGUUGACGUACAUCCGAGUCUACCAGGGCGGCAUUAAGAAGGGGGACACCAUUAUCAACACACGGACACAGAAGAAGACCAAAGUGUCACGGCUUGUCCGCAUGAAUGCAGAUGAGAUGGAGGAUAUAUCAGAAGCUUACUCUGGAGACAUCUGUGCCUUGUUUGGUAUUGACUGCGCCAGCGGUGAUACCUUUGUAACCAAGGGCAACACACAUCUGUCUAUGGAGUCGAUGUUUGUUGCGGAACCCGUCAUCUCCAUGUCCAUCAAGCCCCUCAAGCAGCAGGAUGUGGACAACUUCUCUAAAGGUAUCGCACGCUUCACGAAGGAAGACCCCACCUUCCGGGUACAGUGGGACAACGACAUCAAGGAGACCAUCGCCUCAGGCAUGGGGGAGCUACACCUGGAUGUCUAUGCUCAGAGACUGGAGAGAGAAUACAAUGCCAAGUGUCAGCUGGGGAAGCCUAAAGUGGCAUUCAGGGAAUCAUUGAUAGGGGAAGUGGAUUUUGACUACUUUCAUCGGAAGCAAACUGGAGGUCAAGGUCAAUAUGGUCGGGUCAUAGGUCUCAUGGAGCCUCUCCCCCCAGAAGAAAACACCAAGGUAGAGUUUGACGAUGAGACAACAGGGACCAAUAUACCCAAGCAAUAUAUUCCUGCCAUUGAAAAGGGUUUCCGAAAGGCAUGUGAGAAGGGUGGACUGUCAGGGCAUAAAGUGGCUGGUGUCCGCUUCAGACUCAAAGAUGGUGCCCACCAUGCUGUAGAUUCCAGUGAACUUGCUUUUACGACAGCAGCUGAAAUGGCUGUGAAACAGGUGUUUGCCGACGGGAACUGGACUAUUCUGGAGCCAGUCAUGAUGGUGGAGGUGAACGCACCCCGGGAGUUCCAGGGUUCAGUCAUGGCGGCCCUCAGCAAGCGCCACGCCCUCAUCACGGGGACUGAUGCUAUAGAGGGGUACUUUACGCUGUAUUGUGAGGUUCCUCUGAAUGAAAUGUUCGGGUAUGCAACAGAACUGAGGUCGUUGACCCAGGGCAAGGGGGAGUUCACCAUGGAGUACAGCCGCUACUGCCCCGCCCUCCCCGAGACCCAGGAGGAGCUGGUGCUGGAGUACGAGCAGGCGCAAGGGGGACAUGGGGACAAGAAGAAGAAGCGGAACUGAUGACGUGGAUCUAGGAAAUGUAUAUAUGUGUGUGUGUGUGUGUGUGGUAUGAUAGGACAGACUGAGAUGAGGGGCGGUGGGGUAGCCUAGUGGUUAAAGCGUUGGCUGGUCACGCCGAAGACCCGGGUUCGAAUCCCCACAUGGGUACAAUGAGUGAAGCCCUUUUCUGGUGUCCUCCGCCGUGAUAUUGCUGGAAUAUUGCUAAAAGCGGCGUAAAACCAAACUCAGUCAGUCAGUCAGACUGAGAUGACAGACUUUGGUUGGCCAGUCCAGGUGUGUGUUGGCUCUAGAGUAGGCAUGGUUCACAGACUUGUAGCUGGUCUGUUUAGAACUUACUGAGACGGAUUCGUUGUUGACUUUGAACGGUUCUCCUUUUACCCAGCUUUACUAGUGACCACUGAAGGAGCAUGUUUAAUCUGGAUAUACUGGAGACUUCAAGGAGCACAAAUUAUGCAACUGUAUUGGUGACUUCAGUAUAGGGCACCUGUUAUGAAGGUAUACUGUAAACAUAUCGAACAGACACUUGUUACGAAGGCAAACUGGAAGGUCAUUGAAGGGGCACCUGUUGCACUACUAUAUUGUUUCAUGCGGAGAACUGUUGAUAUGUAAACAGGGUGGAAAAAGGGGAUGUCGUGUCAGGCAGUUGCAGAUGAGUCCUUCCAAAUGUGAUCAAUACAUCAAGUGUGAAGUGUUUUAUGUACCUGGACAAUGAAAUGGGAUGUGGACAAGGACAGCAGUCAGUCUGGGAACUUGCCUCCAUGUUGGUUUGCACAUGAUAUAUAACUGGUGUGAGCAUACAUAUUGCUCAUAGACUGGACUCUCUCAU